UCGGCGUCCUCUUCUAUAGACGACAGACCGUAGUCCGUUCUCUAGUUUGUUUUGUUAGUUUUUUGCUCGAUUUAAGAUAUUUAUAUAUUUAAACAUUUACUUUUCUUAAUUCGUGUCGUAACCAGAAAUCUGAAGCACAAUAUCUAACGUUAUUUAUUCAAACACAAUCUUAUCGUAUUGAUUCGGUGGAUGUUCGCGUUAAAAUGAGAAUAAAUUAGAUUUAUUUUUUUUAAAUCAACAUUUGAGAAUAUUUUGAGCUAUGGCUGACCAUGAUGAAACAUUGUUAAAAAAUGAAAAGUCUAAAGAAAAUGGUAAAAUAAAUGAUAGUGUUCCAGAGUUAGAUGAUACUGAACCACCAAAGGUUAUAAUAACUGCUCCUCCGACAAUGUCUAUUAAAAUGAUUAGUAAUAAAUUACAAAAGUCAAGUGAUGGAUUUGAUAACAAUAAAGACUCAGACGAUUGUCAGAUUAUCUUGCCCAAGACUGAAAUUAUAGAUAUAACUGAUGAUAUUUGUGAUAAAGAUGAAACUUUGGAUGAAACUAGUGAAAUUGGUAAAACCAUAGUUAAAUAUGAUAUUAAUGAUACACAAACAAUUAUGACACCUAAAGAGGAGCACAAGGAACCCGAAACAGAGGUGAUAUCAGAAGAUGAAAUGCCAGUUGACAAUAUGCCUGUUGACACUGAAGCUGUGUCUGAAGAUGAAUUACCACCAACCACUUUAGCUGAUCAAACUGAAAUAGUAUCUGAUGAAGAGCUGCCUAGUGAAAAUGGCACAUCUAAAAUAAAAAGGUGUCAAAUUCUUGAGGAAAAAGAAGAUGAUAAUGAAUCUCAGCCCGCAAAAAAAGUCAAAACUGAAGAAGUAAAACCAAUUACUGAACUUGAUAAGUUUUGGCAAGCUGUUAAAGAUGACCCAUCAGAUUUUGCUGGAUGGACUUAUCUGCUACAAUAUGUUGAUCAAGAGAAUAUUGCUGAGAAUGCGAGAGAAGCAUAUGAUAAAUUCUUGGAGCUGUACCCAUAUUGUUACGGCUAUUGGAGAAAAUUUGCUGAUUUUGAGAAAAGAAAUAACAAUAAAGAGGAAUGUGAAGUAGUCUUUCAACGUGGCUUGAAUGCCAUACCACUCAGUGUUGAUUUAUGGAUUCAUUAUAUGACAUACCUAAAAACACAGCAUGCUGAUGAUGUGGAUCUUAUACGUAGCAAGUUUGAGAAAGGCUUGGAAAUGUGUGGACUUGAGUAUCGCUCAGAUCGGUUAUGGGACCAUUAUAUUAAGUGGGAAAUUGAACAGAAUAAGUUAAUCAAUGCUUUUAACAUAUACAAUCGUCUUCUUGCUACACAAACAUUAGGCUAUUUGCAACAUUUUGAAAAUUUUAAAGAGUUUGUGAACAAGAAUGCGCCUGAUAAGAUUUUAAAUGCUAAGGAAUAUCUUGAAUUAAGACAGCAAGUAGCUGAAAGAAUUAGGUUGAGUGGAAAUGGAGAACUGUUGACUGACGAUUCUGCACCACCAGGAGAAGAAGAAAACACUUUUUUAUCUGAUGUGUCAGAAAAAGAAUUAGCUUUAUUAAAAGAAACUAUCAUUGAAUCAAAACAAAAAAUUAACAAGGAAACAGCUAAAGAAAUAGCUAAGCGCCAAGCAUUUGAAGAAGGUAUCAAGAGACCUUAUUUUCAUGUAAAACCUUUAGAAAAAUGCCAGAUAGAAAAUUGGAAAAAUUAUAUUUUAUUGGAAAAGGAAGCCGGGGACCAUCAACGUAUUGUUGUUUUGUAUGAAAGAUGUCUAAUACCAUGUGCUUUGUAUGAAGAUUUUUGGUUAAGUUAUUUGGAUUAUUUAGAAUCAUUAGAUUUUGAUGUAAGCGAUUUAUUAAAAAGCUUAUACUUACGCGCCUGUUUGGUUCACCAUCGCAAGUCUCCAGAAUUGCAUUUGAAAUGGUCAGCUUUUGAAGAGAGUAAAGGCAACUUAGACAAAGCUGCUGAAAUUCUGAAAAACCUUGAUGAUGCCGUUCCACAUAUGUUGCAAAUUAUUUACAGGCGCAUUAAUUUGGAGAAACGAAGAGACCAAUUUGAUAAAGUAUGUGAAUUGUAUGAACAUUAUAUAAAUACUUCUCAUACAAAGUUUCUUACCUCUAAUAUUGCUAUAAAAUAUGCACGUUUCCUUUGGAAAUGUGCAAGUAAAAUCGACAAGGCCAUCGAAUUGAUCACAGAAAUCAUUAAUAAAGACAAAGACAAUAUGCAAGAUAAUGCGAGGCUAUUGUUACAACUCAUCGAGCUUAAAAUGAGUGUGAAGCCAUUAAACGAAAAAUCAGUUAUUCAAAUAUUUGAUGAAAUAUUAUCGAUGAGCAGUGUAAAUUUAGAGCAGAAAAUAUUGUUUUCUCAACGUAAAUUGGAAUUUAUUGAGGAUUAUACUUGUGAUUAUAUAUCAUUACGUAAAGCCACCAAUGAGUUUAAGAGUUAUACAGAGUUGCUUGCUAAAGAGAAGAAAAAAGCAUUAGCUGCGGUUGAAGAAGAAAAAUCUAGAAUUGAAAAAGAAAUGAAAGUGAAACAGGCUCAAGAUAUCGCAGCUUCUUCAAAUUCUCAGACAGCGUCCACCAACUAUCAGCCGUACAAUACCACCGGAUAUUACCCACAACAAUACGCUACUGGAUACAAUCAAGCAGCUUAUCAACAAUAUGCCCCUACUGGACAAGAUUAUUCAUAUCAGUAUCAAAAUUGGAGCUAUCCACAAGCAACAAACUACAAUCAGACAUGGGGAUCUUACAAUUAUAGUGGCACAGGAAGUGGUGGAAGUGGAGGAUAUUAAUUGUACAUAGUAAAUAUUAAUUAAGUAUAAAUUAGGCGUUAACAAUUAUUUUAUGUAUAAAUAGAAUAUAUAUAUAUAUAUAGUAUAUACAAAAAAUACAUCAACAACAUAAACAAUUAAG